GCCUUGAAAGGGGAAUGCUCCCUCCCUUCCUCCACCUCUGAGGGAAGACGUCCUGAAUACUUCCAAGGCUAACGGUCCCUGCUGGAAUUGGCACGUGUAUCCUGGAAGUUCAGAUACCCUCGAUCAGGCUUGAACCUGGGACCGACCAGCACACCGUCGUGAGUGUCAGGGAGUAGCAGAGGUCAGAGAUCAUCGAGCUCGAUCCCCCAGAAGGCACCAGAAAAUUCUGGUCCCCAGGGGACGGCCCCCUGUUGAUCUGUUUGUUUCCCGCCGGAGGAAGCCGGGCAGCUCUCACCCUGGAGCCCUGCGGUCUCGUAAGAGCCACAAGACUCCCGAAUCCCUUUGCCGCGGGCAGUUUUUCGUGCGUCUAACCUCGGACGCCAGUCUUACCUGCUCAGUGGACCAGGUCUAGGUGAUGCUGCAUGGCACUUGCCCAGUUACUGUCCAGGCUUUGGCUCUCAGGUUAAGGUCUGGGGAAGAUCUGAAACACAGCCUCCCUAACAAUGUCCAAGGCUGUGGUCCUGAGGUUUCCUGUCUCUCAUGUAAAUGGAUGCCAACUGGGGCCACCUCAUCUGUCACGACUGGAGCUCAGCAACUGGAGCUAGCCAUAUGUAAAUGCUAAUGGCCAAAGAGUAAAGAAGUAUGCCUGAUGGGGCAGGAGGUGGGGUCUUGAGCCCAUGCUUAUAGGAUAAGGGUGGGAUGUUGCCUAAGGUGAGGUGGGGAGAGAGAGGCAGGCUUCAUGAAACAGUAACUGGGAGACUACUGAACUGAAGGUCAGUGCAGUGGUUCCCUGGCUGGGAAUUUUGCCCCCGGUCUAGGGCUAGGAUUUUGUCCAUAGUUGGAGGUGAUACUAGGGGCUCUGGCUCUCUCUGAACAGGGAAGGAGUCUGUAACAGAUCCAUUUGAGUUGCAUAUGAUGAGAGCCCAGCUCCAAGCACUUUAGAACAAAAAAGAAUGAUUUAGCUCACAUAACUGAGAAGUUCAGAGUGCAGCUAGAGCCAGGGGCAUAGUGUGGUUAGGAGUACACCUCUUCAUCUCUGGACUCUGUUUCCUUCUGUGUCAGUUUCAUUCUCAGAUAGGCUCUUCCCAGGCAGUGGCAAAGGAGGGAGUCCUACUCUUCCAGCUCAGACCCAUGGGAAGGGAAACUAGUGCCUCUUUUCUAUUGGCCCAGCCAAAGUUGCAGGUUGCUUGGUCCAACUUGAAUUUACCUAAUUCUGUACUAAUCAUUUUAGAAAGGUGAAUAGACUAUGCAGAUUGACCAGACAUGUUUCACAUGCCCACACAUGGAGCUAGGGAGUGGGCUUAACCCUCCCAACAGGCACAUGGAUUAAAAAAGAGGGAAGAGAAAAGGCCCCAAAAGUCAGUCAGGAUUGGGGAAAGGAAUCUAGGCAGGCACAAACUACAGGUAUCCUUUGAAGUGAAUUCAGAAUAUAUAGUAGGAACACAGACGAGAAAACUGCUGUGGGGGAAGAGGAGGCUCUGGUCCUAAGUGAUGCUGGGAGCUCAAGUUUAAGCUGAGGGCAUACCAGGGCAUGGGUCCGGUUGGCUGUGGGGAAUGCACACCAUCCAGGAUGAAGAUGUCUCCUGUCAGCUUUGGAGGCAAGAUGGCAGCUGGGCCAAAUGGGCUGGAGGAGUGGGUGGGCAGUGCAUACCUGUUUAUGGAAUCCUCGCUGGACAAGGUGGUCCUGUCAGAUGCCUACGCUCACCCCCAGCAGAAGGUGGCAGUGUACAGGGCUCUUCGGACUGCAUUGGCAGAGAGCGGGAGCCCCGACGUGUUGCAGAUGCUCAAGAUCCACCUCAGCGAACCGCAGCUGAUUGUGCAGCUGCGUUUCUGUGGACGACAGCCCUGCGGCCGCUUCCUCCGCGCCUACCGCGGGGGGGCGCUGCGCACCACGCUGGAGGGCUGCCUCGCCGCAGCGUUCACCCAGUGCUCAGUGCCGCUGCAACUGGAGCUGCGCGCCGGCUCAGAGCGGCUGGACCCCUUGCUGACAGAUGAGGAGCAUUGUUUGAGUUGCAUCUUUGCCCAGAAGCCUGACAGGCUCCCAGACGAGGAACUCACUGAAUUGGAGGAUGCGCUCCGGAAUCUGACGUGUGGCUCAGGAGGCCAGUGUGGCAACGUGGAGGUAUCUCCAGGCUCCUCACAGUCCCAGGCCCUCUCUCUGUUGGAGAAGAAGUCGCCACCGCCGCCAUUUGGCCAGACAUUUCUGUUCCAGGGUCAGCCCGUAGUGAACCGGCCACUAAGCCUGCAGGACCAGCAGACCUUUGCGCGCUCAGUGGGCCUCAAAUGGCGCAAGGUUGGGCGCUCCCUGCAGCGAGGUUGUCGAGCGCUAAGGGACCCAGUGCUCGACUCACUGGCCUAUGAGUACGAGCGCGAGGGGUUGUACGAGCAGGCCUUCCAGCUGCUGCAGCGCUUCGUGCAGGCUGAGGGCCGCCGCGCCACGCUGCAGCGUCUGGUGGAGGCGCUAGAGGAGAACGAGCUCACUAGCCUGGCAGAGGACUUGCUGGGCCUGGCGAAUCCCGAUGGUGGCCUGGCCUAGGCUGGGUACCAGAUAAAAGGGCGGUCAGCCAGUUGCCCAGCCAGGGUUUGGAGCACCUGGAUGACCCUACGGUUCCUUCUGCUGCUACUGCUGACCUCUCCAUCCACAGAACUUACAACCCUACUUAAUCGAACUGCUGGGCAGAGUUUGCCUUUUCCAGGAGUCAGACAAGCACCCACCAUGCCUGCUGGAGUGCCCUUGGGAAUUUGGCCCCAGAUAAUAUACAGAGUGUGGGGGUGAUGGGCUACAGAGGUGGGCCUCACUUCACCCACUCCAGAAGAGGGGCUUCCAACCAGCCCUUCUCUUUUCUUAUUGAACACUCAUUAUAGGCACCUGCUGUUGUUUUAGGCAUCAUCCUGGGUAAUGCAAAUACUGUGGUAAAUAAGGUAGACGAAUCCUGCCUGCUCUCAGUUCACACUCAUUGUGGGACUCCAAAUAUUAAAUAACAGUAAUAAAAUGUUACCUGUUUCUUUUCAAAA